AAUUUUUGUUUUCAAUCCAGAAAAUUUCAUUUAAUUUGAUUCUUUUUCCUUUUUUUUCAAACGAUAUAAUUUCAAUUGAAAAAAAACAAGCAAAAUGCCUUCCGUCGAUCAAUCAUGGGCCAUUCAGAUGGACGAAGAUGAAGAUCUUGAUGAACGUCAUGUUGAAUUUGAUGGCGAUACAAAAAUCGUCACUGAAAUCCGUCAUCAAGAUGGCAAAAGAAUUCAGGUGAAACAAUAUUUUCGUACCGAAAAACGUCGUGUAUCAAUAAAUGUUGGUAAACGUAAAACAUGGCAUAAAUUUGGUUUAUCUGCUAAUGAUACACCUGGACCAAAUCCUAAAACGACAUUUAUUUCGGAAGAAAUUCAAAUGGAAUUCCUGACCAAUAAAGAAGAUGAGAAUGCCGAAAAGGAUCUAUUGCAAAAUCUUGGAAAAGGUCUUGGCAAUCAAAACAUUACAUGUCGUUAUUGUGGUCAUAAUCAUUGGACCAUUAAAUGUCCAUUCGCAUUUCAAAUGUCUGCACUCAACAAACUCACCGAUAACAAUGAACAGGCAAAGGCUGAUGAUCGAACACGAGCCCGACCAGGUAUGUCAUUGCUUCGUGAUGGUAAACGUUUGGAUAUGGGCUCUCGAGGUAAAGAUGAAGCGAAUACGAUUCGAAUCACAAAUCUACCAGAAGAAACACAGGAUAGCGAUAUUCGAGAUCUAUUCAAAGAUUUUGGCCGUCUUACACGAAUAUUUUUGGCCAAAGAUAAAGCUACCGGUAAUUCGAAAGGUUUUGCAUUCGUCAGUUUUGAUACACGUGAAAAUGCUGCUCGUGCCAUCAAAACUGUUAAUGGUCAUGGCUAUAAUAAUCUUAUUCUAAGUGUUGAAUGGGCUAAACCAAAUUAUUGAAAAUCAUUCAUUAAAUCAUCAAUUAAUUAAUAUA